CGUAAUUCUACAGGAACACCUGCGAGAGAAGAUAAACAGAAACUUCACGUUGCCAACUGGAGGGACCAGCAGUUCCAAAAGUGCAUUUUUAUUCCUGGAUCAAGAUGGAGCUACAGGUUCUUAAACGCGACUCAUCACCUGAGGCUGAGGGUCUCUCCACAGCGUGCAGUACCAAUGGAUUUCAGUUGUCUGAUACAGACAGAGCGUCUGAGAGAGAUUAUGCUGAAUAUAGCUCUGAGGAGGAAGAUGAGGACAGCUCCUCCAAUGAGUCUUACUCAGCACUGAGCAAAGCAAAACCAGGCACUGCCCACGCUCUGGAGAGAUGGCAAACAAUGAUGGGAACUUGUCCUGGAAAUCGCACUCACUGCGUUGCUGUCCAGACUGAGAUUGGGAAGCAGGAUGUGGAUACUAACACAGAUGUGGAUGCAGAACGAGUCUUGAAGGAGCUGGUCAGUCACAGGGAGCAUCUGAAGGACAUUUACCAACAAGUGCUUGAUAAACAGACACAGGCGGAGAAGCAGCUGCAGGUUCAGAUCAAACAGAUGAAACAACUGAAGGACGACGAGUUGCAGAAACAUAAGGACACCCUAAAGCUUAUCACAGAGCUCACCACAAAGAAGGAGGAGACCAAAAGAAGGAUGGAGAAGGAGAGAAAGGAGCAGGUCCAGAAGGAACACGAUCUGAAGGGUGAUCUAGAGAGACAGCAGAGCAAGACCGAGCAACUUAUGCAGCAGGAGGAGGAACUUGAGACCAAGAUUGUAUCAUUACUUGCUGAACAAACCAAGGAGAGGCAGGAGUGGGAGGCAGAGCUGGUCGCACUACAGAGUGUACAGGGAGAGAUCACAAGGAAUAUGCAGGAAGAGACAGAGCGUGCAGUGAGGGCUGAGGUACUUUCCUUGGAGAGUCAGAGAGACCUUUACAUGGUGUCAUUAGAAGAGGCAGAAAACGAGGCAGAGGUGACUCUGUCUUGCCUCCGGGUUGCAACCCCCACCUUGGAGUGGAUCCAGCUCAAGCAGCUCUGGGAAGCUAGGAUGGCAGGGAUACAACAAAUUAAGAAGAACCUUCGUGAACAAUUUGAAUCUCAGAUCCACAGAGUUAAAAGUGGGUGCAGCCUGAGUAACCUCCCAUCAAUCUCUGAACCUGAUCUUCCGCAGCCACCCUCAGAUACCAACCUCCUGCUGCAGAAGAUCGCUCUCUCUCCUUUACAGGGAGCUGCCCCUAUAAUACCAAGUCAGCCCCGGGAUCCGUUCCUCCUGCAGUCACAGAUUCUAACUGCAUUUCAGUGCCAGCCAUCACCUCCUCUGCCACACAUACCUAAUGUUUUCACUGGCACUGCCCCUGUAAUGCCCACAGCAGCUGCUGCAUCCUCCAUUGAUCCUCCUGCCCAGGCUCCUGGCACUGACAAACUCGGAAAAAUUCUGGAGAAACUGCAGGCCCGGUUUCCACAAUGUCACAAAGCCCAACUCACGAGUAUAAUGCAGGAUAUUAAAAGGACCCGGGGAACUCUCGCUGGCCUCACUGUGGAAGAGCUGUGCCAACUUGUUGCUGUGCGGCUUAUGGAAACGCCGGAUGCAGCAAUAAGGGUAACACUGCCUCCUGGAAAUUCCAGACCUCCAUUUCAUGGCAGCAGAGGAAUCCCAUCUUCAGGAUCGUUUACAGGAAAACCAGCCCAGUACAAGAUGUGCCUCAUCUGUCAGAAGUUGGUGCAGCCUUUGGACCUACAGCCUAUGUCUUGCACGCACAUAACGCACAGGGAGUGUAUCAAAUCGUUGCCACAAACCAACCAGAGAAACACAUGCCCCUUCUGUCCAAACCAGAGAUGAGUCCAAUCACGCCAAUGCUUGGCACCUAGGACACCUACCUGCUCAUACCUUAAAUCAAGUCACCAGUGCUGUACAGAUCUUCUUAUUGCCCCAGAUAUAGAAAACUCUUCUGUGUUUUUCACAAAUCAUUCAGCAAUAAAAAUAAAUUUGUGUUGCUUGUCUGUCAAA